UGGAACAAUGAACGUUUGACAGCAGCGUGUGAGUAAAAUCCCAGAAAAUUUGUACUUUAUUUUUACUUAUGGUGGUUUUAAUGUUUCUCUGUUUUUAUAAUGACUAGACGUGUGCGUGGGUGUCGUCAGUGAUAAUUUCUGGGCGGUAAAUAAAUAAUGUACAGUCCUCGUCGUUCGCCGAGACCACCAAGAUCUGAUGCUCAUCACCAAUAUCAGCAGCAAUACCAUGUGGAGGUCCCCGUACAACAUCAACAAAUACCGGCAACAGUAUCAGGGAGAACAGGUCAAAGUCCUUCACAUGCCUCGCCACGCAUUUCCCGUCCUCAACUUCACGCUAGAUCACACAGCCUCGAGAGGAGCGUCAUCACAACUAGUUCCGGUCACUCGCCGAUGCCUAUGGAACAAAUACAGUCGCUGAGCGCUGCAUAUAACACCAGUCUCGAGUUUAUGCCCACUGCCGAUAAUACUUCAGGCGGUCCUUCAACUUCAAGGUCGCAUACUCUACCAAGAUCUGUACAUAUAUCGUCACCGCAGCACACGCCGUCACAUAGCCGGUCGAAUAGCCUUGGUUCAGGCAUUCACGCUGUCGUCUCCACAACCACCGAUUUCGGCCAACAUAAAUCGGACCAUACUGGUAUUUCAUCAAAUAUAACUAUGGCAUCUCCGCAGCUACCACAGUCUCACGAAUUGAGACAGGUGAGGGACACUCUGUUGUUGGACUUGCAGACACAGUUAGCACAUCUACAGAAAGAAAACGCCAAUCUAAAGAAAGAACUUGAGGUGAAGGAAAACAAAUUACAAUCCAGCAUGAACAGUAUUAAGACGUUUUGGAGUCCUGAAUUGAAGAAGGAGAGGGCUUUGAGAAAAGAAGAAAACAGCAAAUUGUUUGUUUUAGCCGAACAGCAGAAUAUGUCUUCAAAUGAGAAUCAGGAGCUGACAAAAACCAUUCAAUCCCUUCAAGAUGAAUUACACACCCAGCGUGACUUGAAACAUCACUUGGAAGAUCUUGUGUCGUUUGAGCAGUCCCCAGGACGUGGAGAUACUGAGCUUAAAACCGAAAAAGAACGACAAGUCAAAGAGCUCUUCUUACUGAGAAAAACUUUGGAAGAGAUGGAAUUGAGGAUUGAUACGCAGAAACAAACUCUUGCUGCACGAGACGAGUCGAUUAAAAAGCUGCUUGAAAUGCUGCAGAGUAAAGGUUUACCGGUACAGAGUCUAGAAGAGAACCGAGAACUUGAUAGACUGAGAACUCGACUCAUUGAAAGUGAAGCCAAAGUCACACAAUUAGAACAUAAAAUUGCUUUGAAAGAUAAAGGAAUUGGUAACUAUAAACAGGAGCUAGCACUUAACGCUGAGAAAAGUAGGAAAUUAGAACGACAGCUUGGUUCAUCCUUGCAGUCUCAAGACUCUCCUAAAGCUACAGCUCUUAAAACUAUCAUAGAAGUCAAGGAUGGCAAAAUUGCAGCUUUGGAAAGCCAAGUAGAAGAACUUGAAGAGAGACUUUCCAAACUUCGUUCCAGUGGUGCUAUUAGUCCGGAGGAAAGGACUGAGGAGAUAAAGCAAAUAGAAGAAUACAGAGGUCAUUCCAAGUUUAUGAAAAGACAGAUUGAUCAGCUGAAAAGCGACCUGGCUCAGAAACAUGCUGACUUACAGACAACCAAGACUAAAUUAGACACGUUGACAAUUCAAUUGUCUGAUAAGCAGGCACAUUUUGAUGUCUUGAAAGAAUCACUUGCUGCUAAAGAACAACAUUCCAACAUGCUACAAGCAGAUGUUGAAGCACUGAGAGCAAGAAUAGAAGAAAAAGAGGCGUUCAUUGACAGGAAAAACAAACAGAUCAGUAGCCUAAGUGAGGAGAGGAGUCAGUUCAAUAAUGAAAUAAGUGAAUUGAGAGAUAUGUUAGACAUUAAAGAUAGAAAAAUUAACGUCAUCCAGAGAAAGCUUGAUAACCUUCAAGAACAGUUGAGUGAUAAGGAUAUACAGCUCUCCAACGUACGAGAGCGCAUGAAGUCAAUGCAGACUGAUCAUAGCAGCUCUGACAGUGCUGUGUCCAGUCUGGAGGAAGCGCUUAGCGACAAAGAGAGAAUGAUAGAGCACCUUAAAGAGCAGCGUGAGAGAGAAGAUGCCGAACGACUUGAGGAAAGUGAAAUGUUUCAGAAACAAGUAAAAGAGUUGAAAGAUCGGGUCUAUUCAUUGCAGAAAGAAGUAGAAGAAAAGGAGACAAGUUUAAUGGACUUGAAGGAUCAAGCAUCGUCACUCACAAGUUCUGCAUUCAAGAAAGAUACCAAGCUAAGUACAAUGGAGAGAUCACUGCAGCAAAAGUCAGAAGAUUUAGCCAAGAUGGAGAUGGAAAUAAAGCGAAAAAAUCGACAAUUCAGUUUAUGGGUGAAGGAAGAGCGAGAGAGGGAGAGCAGUAAAGAUGGGGAAUUGGGCUCAAGGGUGAAGUCUUUAGAAGACGAAAUUGAUCAUUAUAGAGAUCAAGUUAGUAAAUCGCAACUAGAAGUAGAUAGAUUAUUAGAUAUAUUAAAGCAAAUGGAAGAAGAGAAAAAUGCUAAAGAUCAAAAAAUAGCUGAACUGGAAGGGCAAUUGAAAGAUGCAAGUAAGAGGCUAGCCACUUUGAAACGAGAGCAAGUGACACAAAAGAAGAAGAAUGCCCAGUUACUGGAAGCGGCCCGCAGACGAGAAGGAGACCUCAGUGAUGAUUCACAACAAUUACAGGAUUCCAUAAAACAAAAAGAUGACAGAAUAGAGGAAUUAGAGGAAGCUUUGAAGGAAAGUGUAAACAUCACUGCUGAAAGAGAAAUGGUGCUCGCCCAGCAGCAAGCCAUGCUGUCUGCUGUGGAAAAACAGUUGGAAGAUAUUAGCAAAGAUAAAGACACUUUAAAGAAGCAUUUAUCAGCAACUAGUGGUAAACUAGCUGACACUACCAUGGCAUUGAAAGACAAAGAAGCCAAGAUGCAAGCUAUGCUAGUGGAAAGACGAAAACAACUUGCUGAAGUUUUAGAAAUGAAACAAGAAGCUCUCCAAGCUGCCAUUUGUGAAAAAGAUGCCAAUAUUGCCUUAAUUGAAAUGAGUUCGAAAUCUAUCAAGAAUGCAAGAACUGAGGAAGAAAUAAGAAGGCUUAAAAAAGAAAAAGAUGCACUUGUCAAGCAGCUCAAGCAACAGACUGAAAGGCGAAUGAAGCUGAUUCAGCAGCAGCAAAACCAAAAUGGAGAUCAUAACAACGAGGAUGAAGAAGAAGGCAUAUGGGCAUGAUGUUGUCGUCCCGGAGACAAUGUUAUAAACCACUCAUCAGGGCGAUGCUGGCACUGAUUGACCUAAUGUUGGAUUGCUCUGCAAAAUGAAAACUAAAAAGGAAGCAGCUUGGCUUCGGGUAUUCAGAUGAAGAGAGAGAGAGAUAGAACAAG